UCAAAUCAGUUGCUUAACGCUGACAUCCGUGAAAGGUCCGAUUUGUUGCAAGGACAUUUGAAUUGGAUAGUAGUAGCGUCGAAAGAAAGUGAAAGGACUAACUACAGCAGCAGCAAUAAAACCUUCCCCCUCCCCCAUCUUCCAUCUAAUGGAAUUGGAAUUUUGAACUGACACUUAACGAUAGAAUAACUAAAGAGUUACUUUGUCAACCCCACAUCAAAAGAAAAUGAAGCUACUUGCGCUAAGGAGCGCCAGCUUCCUCUUACUGCUAUUCGUAAUCUCAACGGUUUCGGGAGCCAGACAAAAUCCUUUGAAAAAUCCCAAAGUAUGUGGUCGACCCCAAUGCGAUGUGCAAAAUAAAAAAUUCGGCUAUAGCGACAAUGUCUACAGUUAUGAAUACAAUGCUCAUGUGACCACCGAAUUCGAGGGUACCGGAGAUGAUACCUCGGAUUUGGCAGUGAAAGCCGAUGUCGAUCUGUUGUUCCCCAAGCCAUGCGAGGGUUUCUUGCGCAUCAAUUCGGCCCGUUUGUCCGAUGACAAGAAUGGUGCCAAAGACCAUGCCAAGAGUCAGGCCUUCCAGCAGGACGUCACCAAGAAUGUGUUGCGUUUCGAUUUCCACGAUGGUCUGAUCAAUGAAGUCUGCCCGGAUGCAAACGAGCCCGUCUGGGUUUUGAACUUCAAGAAGGGUAUAUUAUCGGCUGUGCAAAAUACCAUGUUGCGUUUCGAUGUGGAUUUCAAUACCACCGAGACUGAUGUCUCGGGCACCUGUGGUGUUCAUUACUCGUUGGCUUCCACAGCCAAUGCCUAUGUGACCAUACGCAAGGACAAAGAUUUGAGAAGUUGCCACAGCCGUUUUUCCACUCAUUCAUUUUUGCAGACAGUUCCCUAUGCCUUCAGCGGUGGGGACAACAGUGUCUUCCCCCUUUUGGAUUCCGAAAGUCAUUGCAAUUUGACCAUUGACAAUCAUAUCUACCGUGAAGUUAACUGCUUUGAACGCCAUCAAUUGAUUCCCUUCUCCAAGCAAAGUUCGGGAGCUGUUACCUCCGCCACCUAUAGCCUGCAAUUCAAAGGAGAGCAGCACUAUAGCCCUGGAGAAUUCUUGGAGCAGCAUGGCAAGGACAUUAAGAAACGUUCUCCCUUGACUUUCGAUCACACCCCCUUGGUGAAGCCCACCCAUGGUGAGAUCAAGGCCUCCCGUGAACUUUUGAAGCAGAUGUGUGCCGCUGGCUCUCCCAAAAUCCAACGCGAAUUCAUUGACAUCUUCACCAAAUUCCUGCAAACCACCAAAAAUCUGGACUAUAAGGCCUUGAGCCAAUUGUUGCAACGUGCCGACAGCAUAGGACCAAAUGGCAGAAAUCAUGUCUUGGAGUCCUUGCCCUAUAUUGGCAGCACUGCCUCCUACCAAGUUAUGCGCGAUCAAAUUGUCGAUGACAAAUUUGAUGAGAAGACCGCCCGCAAUUGGAUGACCCACAUGUCCUUUAUACAGAGACCCGAUGAUGCCACUCUGGAUACCUUCUUUACCAUCUUGGAAUUCUCCCGCAAGAAGGCCAAUGCCGAAUACACCUUGGGUGCCACUGCUGUGGUCCACAACUACUGCAAGCACAACGAGAACUGUGAAAAGAAUUCCAAAAUCAAGCGCAUAGUCAAUUUGCUAGAAACCGAAUUCCUUAGCCUCUUCAACACGUACAAGGGCGAGCGACAAAAUCGCGAACGCAUGGUUGUCAUACUCAAGGGUUUGGGCAACAUUGGUGUGCUCUCCGGCCCCUUUGCCGCUCAGUUGCAGGAUAUCAUUUCGCAAGAAGCCCAGAAUUUGGAAUUGCGUUUGGAGUCCGCCUUGGCCUUCCGUCGUGUCGAUUGCAUGAAAUAUCGUCAAUUCUUCUUGGAUACCUAUGGCAAAUACAAUCUGAACUCGGAGGUGCGUACCGUGGCCUAUUUGCAGGCCAUGCGUUGUCCCGAUCAUCAAUCGGUGGGCCGUGUCAAGGCCAUUUUGAAUCGUGAGGAAGUCAAUCAGGUGGGCUCCUAUGUUUACUCGCAUUUGAAGAAUUUGGCCAAGUCUUCGUCACCCACUCGCAUUGAGACCCAGGGUUUGUUGCAGGCCGAUGAUUUGCCGGACAAAUUCAAGAUGGACAUACGCAAGUUCUCUCGCAACUAUGAUUUCUCAGUGUUCUUUGAUGAGUACAAUGUGGGCACCACCACUGAUGUGAAUGUAAUUUUCGGCACUGACUCCUACCUGCCCCGCAUGGCCACCUGGAACUUCACCACCGAACUCUUUGGCCAAUCCAUCAACUUCUUUGAGCUUUCGGCCCGCACCGAAGGUUUUGAUCAGGCCAUCUCUGGCUUGUUUGGAGCCCAGGGACCUUUCAACAGCGAAUUCUUUAGCGAAAAAUUGGCUUUCCUAACCAACAGCAAUGCCGAAGGAGGAGUCGACUUCAACAGUUUGUUCAACACCGACAAUUUGCGCUUGAAACGCGAGGUCACCGAGACCGAGGCAGAAGAUGUGGAAGAAGACAACUACGACUUCGAAGAGGAAUUGUACCGUCCCAGACGUGCUGCCCCCGCUAUGCGCCGCAAGAAGGAAAUCCGCCGCCAGGUAAGAGAUAUUGGCUACCAAAACGACCAGAACCAUGGCAAUCAGAAUGCCCAAAUCGGCUUGAGAAUCUUUGGCAAUGACAUUCGCUACUACACCAUGGAAGAAGCCGGUGAGCUGUUCACCAAAGUCAAAGAUUUCGAUUUGAUCGAUCACAUCUCCAAGCUGUUGAGUGGCGAGGAGGUUACCUUCAGCAAGAGCCGUGUCUUCCUGGAUACCUCCUACAAUGUGCCCCUAGCUGUGGGCUUGCCCAUGGCCAUACACGCCUAUGGAGCCUCCUCCGUGGAUAUGCGCAUGUUCGGCACCUUUGAGAAGGUGGAAAAUAUGGACUGGCACUACGAUGUGAAUGGCAAAUUCAAGCCUUCGGUUUCUUUGGAUGUCAUCACCUCCAUGCAAUCCGAUUUCUUCCAUGCCAUCUCGGGCAUUAAGGUCAAGAGUAAUCUCUACUCCAAUUCCGAGGUGGAGGCCAGCCUAAAGAUACGUGGCAAGAGCCAAGUUUCGUUCACCUUCGAUUUGCCCCAGGAGACCAAUGAGAUCUUCAGCGCCCGCUCCGAAAUCUUGGUGUUGCAGCACGACAAGGAGGUGCCCCAGAAGGGCAUUGCCAGCCGUCGCUCCAACAGCACUUGCACUUGGCCCGUCUUGGACAAAGCCAUAGGCCUGCAAUUGUGCUCCGACUUCAGCGUGCCCGAUGUGGUGAGUGGUGGCGAGGAUAAGGCUUAUCCUUGCCUGCUGCUCAGCGGCCCCAUGGAAUUCAAUGUCAAGUUGAAGAAAUCCGAUCCCUCGGCCCACAAAUAUGUCUUUGAGUACAACUACGACAAGAAAUCCGAGGAUGAGUCCAAUUGGUCUUUGAUCUUCCACACACCAGGCUCCUCGGUGAAGCGUGUAAUGGUGACCAAUGUCACCAGUGUGCCCGACAACUUCAAAGCCACCAUGCAAUUGAUUAGUGGACGCUCCGAAGUAAACGCCGGCUGCCAUUAUCAGAACCAACCCAACGAUCGCCGCCUUGAUGUCUACAUGGACACCAAUGGCAAGCGCAACUUCGAUUUGAAUAUGGAAUUGGCCCGUUGGCAGGAUCGCACCACCAUGAUGUACAAGCCCAAGUUGUUGUUGGCCAUUAACGGUGUCAAUGUCACCGGUCUGCUGGGCAGCAUACGAGUCAAUGAGAAGAAUGGCAUUUCCCAGAAUGGUUUUGAGCUCUCCUUUGAGACCAAGAAACUGCAGGCUGUGGUCACUGGGGAGUUUGUGACCAACGAGGUCCUCACUUCGACCAAUUUGUCCGUCAACUAUCGCUUCCAAUCGAACAAGGUGGAGACCAUCAACUUUGAGGCUAAAUUGCAAAACAAUGGCGACAAGUCCAAGACCGAAUACGUGGGACAGGCCAAAAUGACUUCUUCGGCCUAUCCCAAGCUGAACUUCAUAGCCGACACCACCUGGCUGAGUCUGCAGGGCCAUACCGAGGGCACGAUGACCUUCAACAGUGGCAAGAACUUCAUGGAUCAGAGACAGGCCAGCACCAUGCGGGUGAUAUUCGCUCGUGCCUACAAUGAGGAUCAGGCUGCCGAUGGCUCCAUCACCAGGGCCAGCUUUGAGAUUAAGGUGCCCAAGUCCAAGGUGGACUACAAGAUUUCAUUCAAACAUGAGGAACGCUCCAAGAACGGCACCGAACACAAUGUGCUCUUGGGUCUGCGUUAUGCCCCCGAAAAAGAAGCCACUGGUCUGUUCUCCAUACAUUUGCCCAAACGCAAUCUCUUCGCUGUAGACGCCUACUUCAAUGUAACCGUACCCGAAUUUGAUUCCUGCACUGCCAAGGUUAAAGUUACCGAAACUAGUGCCAAAAAUUAUCAGGUCAACUUAAGCGGCUCCUGGUUCACUGGCCACUCCGCCACGGUCAAGGGCAAUUACAAGGACAAGAGUUCACGUGUACAGAGUCUGCAUAAUGCCAAAUUCACUGUGGAGAGUCCUUCGUUCAAGGCCACCACUAUUACUUUGAACUACAGACGCACUCAACAGCUCUUCUCCUUCGAUGUGCAGGCCAAAUACGACAAGGAUCCCUAUGGCCUCACCGUGCAGUACAACGACAAUGCCGCCCAGAAGAACUGCAAUGGAGAAAUUCGCCUAAAACUUAACGACAAGGACUACUGGGCCACUGCCAAGGUUUCCGAGGAACCCAAAUCCUUGGUGGUCGAAAUCCAUUUGGACAAGCUGCGCGAUAUUCACGCCAAGGCCAAUGUGGUUUCGUUGGACAAACGCAAGGAACUGAACUUUGAACUGAAAUGGGAUGCCAAUCGUGAUCCAGCCCAACGCUUGGCCGUCUUGGCUGCCUUCAACAAUCCCAGCAAUGACCGCUAUGACGGCAGUCUGGAGAUCACCUAUCCUGAUCGCACCAUCAGCUGUGGCUUUGAGGCCAACACCGCCGGACCCCAAUAUCAUGGCUCGGCACGUGUCAGCUGGAGCACCAACGAUUUGAUCACUUUCAACUACGAUGUGGGCCUGAUGCCCGGCAAGGAUGUCAACAAUUGGGUAAAUGCCGAACUGAACACCCCCUUCCAGGGCUGGCGCCGCAACAGCAUGAAGGCCGGCUUCUACAGUGGCGGAAAUCUGCUGCUGGCCAACUCCUCCUUUGUGUGGGCCGAUAACCAGAGCCUCGAUCUGAGCUUUAAGAGCGACCACCAGAUGCAAGGACCCGUCAUGAGCUGCGAAAUGCUCUUUGGACUUAAGAGCACGGUGACAGGCAUUCCCGAGGUUAAUGUGAAACUCAGCCACUACCAGGACAAACAGAAAUACGACACCAUGAUGAGCUUGAUCUACUCGGGUCUAAAUGAGAUGAACGAGUAUAGCCUCAAGUCCGUGUGGGAGGUGACCAAGAAUGGACCCGCCGACAACAUUUCCGGCACCGUGCACAUUGUAACUCCCUUCGAGGGCUAUCGCAAGGGAGGCCUCUCUGCCCAAUUGACCAUGAACGAUAGGCAUGAGAUCAAGGGUGGUGCCACCCUGGACUUUGAGGACCGUCAAUUCACCUUUAACGUGGAUGGCUAUGUGCGCAAGCUGGCCGAUAGCAAACUGACUGUGAUCAUUACCACGCCCUUGGAGAAAUACCGCACCCUGGAGGGCCGUUUUGGUUUGAAUGAGAAACAACGCCAUGCCGUCGCUGAGAUCCGCUCUCCCGAUGGUGCCUUGGGCCUAGAAAUCUUGGCUGACUUUGUGGGUCUCAUGGACUUCGAUGUGAAACUGAGUGUGGCCACACCCAUUGAGAACUUCCGCCAGGCUGCCGUUGUGGCCAAGGUCAAGCCCAACACCGUUGAUGUGCGCGGCACCUACAACAACGCCACCCUGGGCUUCACCGGUGUCUGGCGCAUGGAGGGCCUCAACGACUUUGAAUACUCGUACACCGUCUACACCCCUCUGCAAGGCUUCGAGGAAAGUGGCUUUGUGGUCAAGUUUGUGGCCAAGGACAACUUUGUCUUGGAAAUGCAUGCUCGCUUCUCCACCCACAAGGCUGGCCUGAAGGUCAAUGGCCAUCCCAAAUCCAAGUUGCAGAAACAAUUGGUCGGCAACAAGUUGCAAAUGUUGUACGAUGAGGACUUCCGCCCGCCCCAAUACAAUCCCAGUGAAUACGAUCCCAGCAAGUUGGACUACAACGAAUUCCUUUCGUACUCCGUCACCUUUGAGGUCGAUCCCUUGAUUAUGGAUAGUCUGCACGGAGGUCUGGACGUACAAGAGGUGCUAGACUUCUACCUGUUGGUAGGUCAUGUGCAAUGGCCCGAGGGCAGAAUUGAUGUCAAGGAUCGUCUCUACUAUCCCGACUAUGUGAAUGCCCUCAAUGUGUUGACCGUCAAGACACCCUUCGAGGCUGCCAAGGAAGUGAAAUCGAUUGUGGAAUAUCGAGUGGACAUCAACCAAUGGGCGUUCUAUGAAAAGGUGAAGUUUGUGCUGCACGACAACACCAACGAGCCCAAGGUGACCUCGGUGGAGGUGGACUACAAGAAGGUUGUGGACUCGGUCAAGCCCAAUGAGCAUAGUGUGCAAAUCAAUGUGAAGACUCCCUUGAUCACUUUGGCGGAAAUGAAUGUGUGGGGUAAAAUACAGUUGGAGGAUAAUGUCUAUCGUGGCAAUAUUUCCUCGCGUACCCCCAACACCUUUGUGAGCUUGGCUGCAGCACUAGAGUUUGAAGAGAACUUCACCGAAUCCUCGGUGGACUUUGUGUUGAAUACCGAUGUGGUGCCCCACUAUGGCUGCCGUGCCUAUUUCAAGAACGAUUUCAAUGACAAGGACAACACAGUGGACAUGCAAUUCUCGGUCACCGACAACGAUGUGGUCAACGAGAUCAAGGUGGGCACUGCCUGGCACAAGGAUCCUUCGCAUCUGGUGAAUGUCAAUGGUCACAUCUCCACCACUAUGUUGCCCCUGAAACUGGCCGAGACUUCGUUGAAGGUGGCCACGGAACCCCAUCCCUCGUUGAGCUUUGACCUGUCGGUGGUGGGACGCAAUGGAGAACGCGCCGAUUAUGGUACUCGCGCCAGCAAGAAGAGCGACGCCAUCGAUGUCGAAGUAUGGACCCCCAUUGAGGACUUCCGCAACAUCUCCAUGCACGGCUCCCUGACCCAGUCGCCCAAGGAUCCCAAUGAGUACAGCGUCAGCGGCAAGCUGUAUCGCAACAUGCACACCUACGGCAUCAAUGGCAUCAUCAAAAUGGCCAAUGGCUAUCCUACCGACACCAGGCUGCGCGUGCAACCCUCUGCCGGUGGUCCCGAUGGUGUCAUCGAAUUCAGCGUCUCUGAACCCCAAAGCGGCGGCAAGGGCUACAACUUCCAAUUCAGUGCCAUUCAGGAGGGCAAGAUGUGCCAGAUCUCUGGCGGCUAUUCGGCCAGCAACGAGACCGGUGUGGACUUCUCCAUGCUGAUUGAGUCCUCGGUGCCCGAGCUGAAACGCAUCAACUUCAAUGGACAAUUCCGUCCUCGCGGCAAGGGCCACACCGUGGGCGAUGUCUCCCUGGAGACCCCCUGGAAAGAUUUGGGCAUUGAAAAUGUUAAACUGCAUUCGGAUCUUAAUCUCAAGAAGGAUGGCGGCAAGGUGGCUGGUGAAUAUCGCUUUAGUGACUAUGUUGGACGCGGCAGCUGUGCUUGGACUUGGAUCUUGGCCGAAAACAUGCAAUUGGCCUUGGAGAGCAAUUUGCAGAGGCCCAACAUGAAGACGCGCAGUGUGCAUGCCAGCGCCAAGUAUCUGAAUCCCCAGAAGAAUUUCCAGAAACUCUCGACCGCUGUGAAAAUGGAUGUCGACUCACAAUGGAAGAUGGAGACCAACGGCACACUGAACUAUCGCAAUCAGGAUGAUGUACAGGCCUCUUUGGUGACCACCCUGCCCAAGCCCAUUGGCGAUACGCACAACUUGAACUUCCGCUACAAGGGCAAUUUGGUGGCCAAGAAGGGAGUCAAACCGGAAUUCUUCUUCGAAGGCAAAUACAAGUCCAAGGAUGCCCAACGCAACGGCUUGGGCCGUGUUUCCUACAAAAAUGCCACCGAUGUGCAAGCCUCGGCUCGUUUGGAAUGGGGCGAGAAGAAGGAUGUGUCAGCAGUAGAGGGCGACUUCCAUAUGCAGCGUAAAGGCAAGGUGCGACGCGAGUUCUACACCAAGUUGGUGACACCCAAGUACAAGGAUGAGGAUACCUUCUAUGUCAAGGGCAGCUAUGAUCUGGUAGACAAAUUCCAUCAAGUGGUAGCUUCUAUGGGCAGUCCUGCCUCCCGCCAACUGGCUGAUAUGGAUAUGGCUUUCAAGGAUUUGAGCAAUAUGCAUGGCUAUGUCAAUGCCUCCACACCUUUGCCCACCAUGUCCUGGCUGAAGACAGAAUUCGAUUUCAAUACCAAGGGACCCAAGACCACUCGCCAUGCCCAGGCCAGUUGGCCCAGCGACAAGGCCUUCUUCAAGUCCCAAAGCACCUACAAUGAAAAGCCUGGCCAAUCCGAUGUCAAGGGCAACAUUGAAAUUGAGGUACCUUUGCUAAGCCGUCAUCGUGCCGAAAUCGAAUAUGGCCUGCGUGAAAAGAACGGCAAUGACAAUGGCUUUGUCAAGGCCAACUACAAUGGCAAGCAGGUGCUUAACGGUGUCUACAAGUCGGUCAAGGAUACCAAGGGUCAAGUGCAAACCGUAACCAAGGACAUAACUUUGGAGAAUGAAAUGAAACCUUUGGGCAUUAAGUAUGUCAACAAACAGGAUAAGACCAGGCCCGAGGAAUUGGUGGAUGUCAAGCGCGUCGAAGUCUAUGAACUCAAGAAUGCAGGCAACUUCAAGUUGUCGGGAGAAGUGACUCAUGUCACCAAACCCAAUGGUCAUGACGUCAAGAUAGUGGCCAGCCAUCCCAACCGCACAGUGGUGUGGACCAGCAGCUAUGAUGAUGCUGAGCCCAAUAAGAUUAAGACACACAGCCGUUUGGAAUUGACUGAGGAUGCCUGGUUGGCCUAUAACUUGGAAUUGAGCAACAAGACAACGGGUGAUGUGGUCUCCCACUCCUACCUGUUGGAUGUCUCCUAUCCCAAACGCAAUCUGUCCACCGAAGGCUCCUAUUCCUUUACCGAUGACCAAUUGCAAUACAAUGCUGUGCUUAAGUGGAACACCUAUCUGGAUGAUGACAUGAAGGCGGUGCGCACCGGUUUGGUAUGGAAGAAACAACCCCUGACCGAGGGUGUCGACUUGGAUCAUCAAACGUUUGUCUUCACCAUUGGCCAUCCCAGUCUGGACAAGGAUGUCACCUUCAAGGGCAAAUACUAUCGCGGCAAGGUCGAUCUGCUAAACACCGAUUUGGUCAUCGAUUAUGCCAACGAUGAAAGUCAUGCCAUCAAACUGGGUGCUUUGGUCCAAGAUCUGGAAUCGCAAUUGGGCCACACCAACUACACCGUCCAUGUCUAUGGCAAUCACCAAGCCUCCGAUAUUGAUCUCCAAUUCAAUGGCUCCAUGGCCGCACGACCAGAUCACUACAAGACCGAGGCCUCGGCCGCUUACAAGAAACAAUAUUUCACCGAAAAGGCUGGCCAACUUUUGGCCCUCCUCAAUCUCGAAGACAAAGAAUUUGAGUAUAUUCGCACUACCCCCACUCGCUGUGUCCGCCUAUGGGCCGUACCCGUGGCUCAAUAUCCCAUUUAUGGCUUGAAUGCCUCUGUGUGGGACACACCGGAUACUAAUAAUACCGGUUACAUAUACAUCGAUUUGCUGCAUAAAUAUCUAAGGGCCGAGGUCAAUCUAACCGAAGACGAUAGUCAAAAUUUGCAAUUAGUGGGCACCAUACCAGAUGCUCGCAGUGCCUAUUUGGAUAUAUGGCGUAACUAUGAGGACAUACGCAUCAUUGAUGUAAGCUCCUAUGUAAAGAUGAAUCAUUCGCGUUUGGUGACGGGCCGUUUCCAUUGGCGACCCAAAGUACGGCACGAGCUCAAGAAUAAGGUCUUCACAGUGACCAAGAGCAUAUUUAGCUCCUUCUCCGAUGGUUUGGAUUUCUGGGUGAAGGCCAUUUACACCGAGGCUGUAGAGUCUUUGGAGAUUAUUUGGGAAACCCAGAAACGCUACAACAAUGCCUUCUUCGAUGAUAUGCACGAAUUGGCCGAGCUUGAGGAUGAUAUCACUGAGCUGCGCAAUUUCAUCAAUGAGUCGUAUGAAUCCAAUGACUUCUAUAUUAAGGAUGUGAUAAACUUCUUGCUGGCUAUACUCGAUGAAUUGGCCAUUAAGGACCACAUUGAAUCCUUGCCCCAGAUAUUUACCGAAUUAUGGCAGACCAUGGGCGAAUCGGGCAAGGCCUUGCGUGAAAGUAUCCUAACGCUGAUAGAAAAAAUAAAGACUUCGUACAAUGAGUUCUUGGUUGCAUUAAGCCGUUUCUUCCGUGGAGAUUCUCUGCAAUACAUUUCAGAACUACUGGAACAGGGUGUACACAAGUAUGAUCGCUUUGUCAAGGAGUUGCAUAUAUCCUUCAUCAAAUAUGUGCAAAACUUGUGGAACAAGUCCUGGACCAUGUUGACCAAUUACUGGCAGGGAGUAUUCAAACGCAUCGAGCCCCAUGUGUUCAAGUUCAUAAGCCAACUGGAGGCCACUUUGUGGGAUCUUAGCAAGGAGCUGUUCGAUUUCAUUUACAAGCGUACCAAUGAGUUGGCCGAAUCACCCUACUUCAACAAGGUGUCCAGCUUUACCCAGGAUGUGGAUCGCUUGUACAGGGACAUCAAGUCCCAUGAUGCUCUUACAAAUAUACGCAAGUAUUCUGUCAUCAUAUGGAACUUCCUCAAGGAGAAAUACUUCAAGCUGGUGCCCUUCGGCAAGGAACUCAACGAGGUGCUCACCGAGAUAUGGGAGGAGAUACAGGAGCUGCGAAAGAUAGAGCAGGUGGCCAUCUUGAUAGAGAAAUACAAUGAAAUAGUGGACAAAUUGGAGUGGGUAGCCAAGGAGUUGGAGCUGGAGGAGCGCCUACACAAAUUAUAUGCUCUGCUGCUGAACAAACUGAAUAAUUAUGCCAACAAUGCCUUGGAGACGGCUGACAAAUAUCGUAAGCCCAAGACCAAGUUCAUAUUUGAUCCAGAGGCUGGUAUUAUGGAUUUGGAACAAAAAUUGCCCAUGUCAUGGCAUGCCUUCAAUGAGACACCACGUUUUGAGGAGAUUCCUGAGCUGAGGGUUGUGGCCAAGGUUCACAAUAUCUUGACCAGCACAAAUUCGUCCAUGAUAAGGAACCUGUACAACUUGAAGCAUCAUUUGGAUCCCAAGACCUGGUUGCCACCCUACUAUUCACGUGCCUUGAUUAUUGAUUCCCGCCACUACAUGACAUUCGAUCAACGCUUUGUGGGCUUAAAUCUUCGCUUCGAGGAAAUGACCGAUAAUCAGCGCAACCAGCAAUGCUCCUACUUGUUGAGCCAUGAUUUCUUCCAGGGUAAUUUCACUCUGUUGCUAGAGCCAUCGAUAAACGUCAGCAGCCGUGAUAUGAUAUCUACUCGAAAAUUAAGUUUCAUAGCCAAUGAUGAGCUCAUUGAAAUCGAUUUGGGCGGUGAUAGUAUCACCAUCAAUGAUGAUCCCAAAUAUUUGUUGCCCGUCAAAUUGGGCGGUGUUACCAUAUCGCGUGAUCUUGACAUACUCACCAUAACCUCAGAUACCGAAUUCAGCUUGAGUUGCAAUGUCCAAUACGAUUUGUGUUGGUUUGAGGUCAGUGGUUGGUACUUUGGCCAGACGGCUGGUCUACUGGGCACCAUGAACAAUGAGCCCUAUGAUGAGUACACCACCUCCUAUAAUAAUGUCACCACUGAUAUGACCGAAUUCACUGAUUCUUGGAGUGUGCAGCGUUGUAAGCAAAAAAUGAAAUCUGCCGCUAUGGCUUUGGAUGUGCCCAAAGAAGUGGCCGAGACUUGUGAUUAUUACUUCAAAUCGGGCAUGUUGUCGGCUUGUGCCGAUUCGGUGGAUCCCAAGCCUUUCUAUGAUAUAUGCUUGGAUUUGGGCAGCAAUUCAAAUGAAGUAAAACCAGGACAUCCCGCCAACAAGGGUGCCUGUACCGCAGCGUUGGCUUAUAUAGAGGCGUGUGCCAGUGCCAAUAUACUUAUGCGGGUACCUGAUAACUGUAUAUUCUGUAAAUUAACCAAUGGCUCCUUUGUUCCUGAGGGCAGUUUUGUCCAAUUAAGCUCUGCGGAAAAUGAACGCAGCAGCGAUGUGGUCUUCAUAGUUGAGGCCAAACCUUGCAAUACCAAUCUCACAGAGCACAAGAGCAUGAUGACCAUAGUGGAAAGUCUGGAGGAGCAGUUGAAUGAAAAUCAACUCACAAAUAAUCGCUAUGCAGUAGUCACCUUUGGCGGCAUUGCCCCCUUCGACACGCCACGCAGCAUUUACUAUGAAAACUCAGUGUUCACCCAUGACUAUCGCAAACUGGAGGCCUAUUUCGCCCACAUCAAUACCAGCAACAGCACCAAUAGCGACAUUCUGCAGGCCAUUUCAACAGCCUCCCGUUUGAAUUUCCGCCCAGGAGUCUCCAAGACAUUCAUCCUUUUAGCCUGCAGCAAUUGUGCUGCUCGCAAUAUGCUCUUCGAUUAUAGUUCCAUUUUGCAAUUCAUGCAGGAGGAGGGAGUGAAUCUGCACAUUUUGGCCGACACCGAAUUUGAGUUUGAGAAAACGCGUAAAUUGCGCCACUUCUUUGGCAUGGAUCAUGAGUUGGUCUAUUCGAAACGUUUCCCUGAGGGUGAUGCCGAAACGCGUAAGGCCCUCUAUAUACCAAAGAGUAAUUUGGGCAUUUGCACUCCAUUGGCCAUGGAGACCAAUGGUUCGGUGUUUAGUGUUCGUAAAUUUAUACCAGAACGUAAAUAUGCCAUCAAACGACUGGCCACCAUCUUUGCCAAACGUGUGGCCAAAAGUGCGGUUCCUUCGGAGAAUUAUACGUGCGAGUGUUCGGGUCACAAUACUGGAGUGGCAUAUAUGGCCUGCUCGCCGAACACAUAUCAUGUGGAGACACCCGAUUUGGAUGACUAUGACAAUGAAUUCAACGAUUGGGACAUGGACGAAGAUGAUAUGAACGAGAUGGACCAUUAAUCGUAAAUGGCUGGCCCACUUUUCCGCCCCCGGUAUGCAGGGGCCCCACUUCUAUAUAUAUAUAGUUAAGAGUAAUUAGGCUAAGAUUUUUUAUAUGAGUUUUUUUAGAAUGAUUUUUUUACUAUAACAAAAAAACGAAACUAUUAUUUGUUAUACAUAAAAUUUAUUAUAAUUUUAUAAUGAAAUAAGAAAAAGAAAAUAGAACAGUUGAAGAAAGA